AUGACAAUCUAUUCGCAAAUAAUAUUCGACGUAAUGCCACCUUCUGAUCCGUGUGUUGUCCUGGAAGGAACGAAUGGAAGCUGUGAGACGUUUCCAACGGUUUCGACCGAAUUCGAGGCAGUAGAAGAAAACGCCGAAAAAAUGGAUGGCAGGGCGAUGGAAGAGCCCAAAAAAGGAGUUUUGAGAAGAAUGCGUAAGUCGGCCGUUGCUGACGUAACCAAGCAGCAAUGGCAACAGAGUUUAAGAAGAUCAACAGCAGAAUUAAACGGUGAUGCAAUUUUGUAA